GGGCUACGGCGUAAUUGGGGAAGAGAAGUAGGUAAUCGCCACCCUCUCUGACUUACCUUCACUUGUCGUCUUCUUUGCACUUCUCUAGAACCAUGAAGUAGACAUUCCUAAAACGCAACGUCAAAAUAGACCCUCGUUCUUAAAUUUAGAUCCAUACUCUCCUGUAACGGAAAGGUAAGAUUUUUUGAGAUUCCUGAGAUCAGUAUUUCAAAAAGAUUUGAAUUUGCUUCCGAUCAUCCAUUUCUUCGUGGAAGCAAAUUGCCAAUCGGAAUUGUUUUUAUUUGGCCAGUAAUGGAGAAUUCAGGUGAUUCUGUAAAUAGAGAGGACGUCAAUGGAGGAGAGACAAGAAAUGACGCUGCAGCUUCUUCUGCUAGUUGUUGUUCUUCAGCAUUAACAUCUGGGUAUCGAUUGUUUGGUCGGCAAGUCUCACUUCAUCAAUUUAUGGGAGGUGGCAAAGCUGCCGAUGUACUUUUAUGGAAGCGGCGGCAUGUUUCUUUUGGUGUCAUUGUUGUUGCAACAGUUGCAUGGUUUAUAUUUGAACGGUCUGGAUUACCAUUCUUAACAAUUUGUUCGGACGUUUUGCUGGUCGUGACAGUAUUACUAUUCUUUCAUGCCAACUUUGCUGUUAUCAGAAAUAAACAACCCCAAUCGUUACCAGAGCUAGUUUUGUCGGAGGAAAUGGUUCAUAAUGCUGCAGCUUCUUUUCGUGUUAAAAUCAACAAUAUGCUUCUUAUGGCUCAUGACAUCACUAUUGGAAAAGAUUUUAGACUCUUUUUCAAGGUGGUGGUUUGUCUAUGGCUUCUGUCUGCCAUUGGUAGCUACCUAUCUUUCUUCACAUUGGCCUACAUAGGAACCAUCUUAUCCAUUACAAUUCCUGCUUUGUAUAGCAAAUAUGAAGAGCGUGUGGAUAGAUAUUGCGGGAUGAUCCACAGAAAAUUAUCGCAUCACUAUAAGAUAGUGGAUGAGAGUGUUAUUAGUAGAAUCCCACAGAGUUUAUCCAAGGACAAAGAUGCAUAAGCCUGCAAUGCGUACAGGUUAUGGUCGAGUUUGCGGUUCAAAAGUUCUAAAAGCUACUACAAAGUCUGCAGAGUUUCAAGUUCUUGGGGCAAUGUCGGUUUCUUCUGGGCUACUUACAGUGUUGGGUUCUUCACUGAACAAGAGUAGCUGCUGCCCCUUGUACCCUUGUUAUGAUAAACAGAACAAAGUGUUUCAUAAGCUUCUACGAGCAAGUGAACUUUUGAAAUUUGGCUUAAGAUCUCAUGAUCAUUAAAUUUUUAGAGCUAGUUUGCUUUCCAUUUCAUGUGGGACUUGCUUUGGGAAAGAUGAAAUUAGGAUGGAUUGUAAAUUUAGGAUAGGAUCAGUUUGUACAUUGAUCUUCUUAGAUUGAAAGAACAGGAGGUAAUGGAUUAUGAACAACAAUAUUUAAUGAUGUGUAUGUUAAAAGCUAGUAAGAUUGAAAGACCUGAUUAUAGUUC